CAUACUUUUACUGGACAUCAAUGAAACACUGCAGGAGAUGUUGUGGGCUGAUGGACGGCUUGGCUGUACGGUAUUGGCCUCAUGGAGCAGAGCUCAUGCCCGCUGCUGGCACGCUGCCUGGCUGCCUCAAGUCAUGGGGUGCUGGUGGAGGGUCUGCUCUUGGCCUGGGGUUCAGAUCCUCUGCCAGCACCUGACAGCUGCAUGUAGCAGCUGGAACCAUGGGUGAUGGGGGGAAAAACCUGGCCAGAUGUGUCUUUUGGGAGCUGACAUCACCCCAGAUCCUUUCCCUGUUACAAGUUUCUCCCCAAAUUGCCCUCCCAUCUUCACAAAGCCCAGGGCUGCUCAGGAGAAGCUUGUGGAGAUGGGGCCAUUCAGGUUUGGCUGGGUGUUGGGGGUCAUCCAGCUUCUACAGGUCCUAAUAAAGAUGGGCAAGAGACUGGGACAGGGCUGGGGGACCCCAUGGUGGUCACAGGCUUAAUCGUCCCCAAGGCAGGGACUGUCCAGAAAGGCACAGAGAAGCCAGGGAGGUGGCAGACGCGUGGUAUGUCUUGGUGCCACCAGCCAUUGGAGAUGCACUUACCCUGGAUAUCUGGGCACUGCAAAGGGAUUCCAUCACCAGUGUCCUGGAGCUGGAGGGACAUUGUGGGGACCCAGCUGACCCACCCCAGGGCUCUGGCAGGUGCAUGGGGACCCCAGAACUUUGCUGUGGAGCCCGGAUUUGGAGAAGGGGCAGGCACAGAGCCCCAUGGCUGGCCGCAUGGGUGGCUUCAGAGGACAGAGGCAACCAGGAUGAUGCUGAUGCCGUGCAGUGAGAUGUAGAGGCCCCAGGUGAUGCUGGCAGCAGAGGGACCGCUGUGCCCGCCAUCCGGCUGUGCAGGUCAGGGAGCGGGAUGCUGCUGGUGGUGGUGGGAGGCCGGGCCCAGGCGGUCUCCAGGCAGUGUCCGAGCCCCGCUCCCAGCUGGGAUGGCAGCGCCGUGUUUGCGAAGAGUUAAGGAGGCGGAAGAGGCAGGAAGCGGCCCGAGCAGCUCUCCAUAGAAACCCGCGGCCGUGAUUAAAGUCUGAUGCGGGCCCGAUAGCGGGGGUGUGUGUGGGGGUGGGGGGUGGAGGGGGGGGUGGAGGGGGUUGGGGGGGGCAGUGCCCGCUUUAAUUACAGCGGAGGAAAUUGCUGGAGCCGGGGCCCCGAGCCCCUGCGAGUUGCCUGGAAACUCCCCCCCCACUCCCCCGCCUCCCCCGUCCCCUGCCCGUCCCCUGCCCGUCCCGCUGCCAUUUAUUCGCCAUCAGCUGCUCCCUGAUAAAGUGGAAUAAUAAUAAUAAUAAUAAUAGGGGCAGGAAUAUUAAAACAUGCAGCCUGCGGGCCGCCCCCACAGCUGCCAUGAGACACGGCGCCGGAGCAGUGCCACUGCUGCUCAACAUGUACCUGCCAGAUCCAGUCGGGGAAACUUUGUUCAAAGACGGGAAGAGCCAGGCGUGGGGGUCUCUCAGCCCCGGAGUGCAGAAAGGCAGUGGGCAGAUCCAGCUGUGGCAGUUCCUGCUGGAGCUGCUCUCGGAUCGCGCCAACCUGAACUGCAUCGCCUGGGAAGGCACGAAUGGCGAGUUCAAGCUGAUCGACCCCGACGAGGUGGCACGGCGCUGGGGCGAGCGGAAGAGCAAACCCAACAUGAAUUAUGACAAGCUGAGCCGGGCACUGCGCUACUACUAUGACAAGAACAUCAUGACCAAGGUCCACGGCAAGCGCUACGCCUACAAGUUCGACUUCCACGGGCUGGCGCAGGUGUGCCAGCCGGCUGCCCCUGAUCAUAGCCUCUACAAAUUUCAGGGCAACCUGGCCCCGCUGCCCUUCUCAGGCAUCUCCAAACUCAACCUCAUGACCUCAGGGGUGACUCCUGCUGGCUUCUCCUACUGGCCUGGCUCCAGCCCAUCCCUCUACCCUGGGCAUGGGCUCCAACCCUCUGCCCCAUUCAGCACCAUGGCAGCCUCCCACCUCAACAACAUGAACAACCAUUACCAUUAGAGGCUUGGCUGCACCGGGUGGACCUUCCCGUCCCCAGAAGCGUGGGGCUGUGGAGCUGGGGAGCUCAGCAGGGAGGGAUGGGGGGUGGGAUCCUGCCCUGCUCUCAGUUGCCCCCUUUUAGUUUGAAGAGUGGUGUGGGGGGCGAGGGGUACUUGCAGGGUAGCUGGGUUGGUUCCCUGACAUGGGUGGCUGGAGGAGAGAAGCCAUCUAAAUUUAGGCUGAAGAGGGAUCCAUGAACCUGGGAAUAGAAAUGGUACCUAAAGCAAGGUGUGAAUGGAAGGAAAAAACCCAGGCUCUCCUCCUAGCAGGGACUGUGCCCCCAGCCCUUCCUUUGCAACAUGCUGCCCACCCAGUGAGCAUCCUUAGUUCUGCCCCCAGCCUGUGCCUGCCCUCCCCUCUCCCUGCAGAGGGGAGUCGGGAGCUGGGCCCCAGGGCAGCUGUAUCCAUGGGUGAUGAUCCCACUGGGCACGGGCAGGGAAAGGGAAGCCUCCCUGCAGCUCCUUGGUCCCCCACCUUGUCUCCAAAGCCUUCCUUUCCUUCAUCCAUCCUACACCUCCUGCUGAUGGUGGCUUCCUCCAGACCUCAGGAGAAGCCUUGGUCUGGAGAGCAGAUGCCCUCCUCGGGUUAACUACUGUCCAGGGCAGGGCUCGGGGGUUGGAGGUGUCACUGGCAGGUGUGGGGGACACUGCCAGCCUUCAAGGCAAGGCCAAAGGCUGGAGGCAGCAGACCGUGGCCCCUGCAACUCUGCCCUCUCCCCAGUGCCUGAGGACCACGCCACAGAGCAGGAUGGACCCCAACACCUUACACAUGAGCCCAUGUCUUGCUGGUCACUUCCAAGUUUAAUGCUCCAGUUUUACUGUUGCUUUAGCCCCUUGUACACAGGGCUUGGUAGGACACCCUCGGUGGGUAGGGACAUCCCCAGGAACAAGGCUGAGUGGGAGGUGGAGCGGAAGGUAUGACAGCAGGGCUGGGAGCCCUGGGCACUAAGGGGCAGCCCUGGGUCUCUCCUCCUGGGUCCAAGGUGCCCCCAUCCUCAGGAGCAGGACUUUGGCCCAGUGGAUGCAGAAAAGGUGGGCGUGCUGGGCUCUGCACUAGCUGGGGGGAGGGAUUGGUCUUCAAUAAAACAGAGAGGUGCUGUGA